GCGCAUAGCAAACCACUUCCGGAAAGGUGAAGCUGCGGUUACCCGGCUGUAACAUGGAUGCUGCAAGCGAAAGCGAAGAGCCGGUUUGUGGGGAAGUGGUGUCCGUGGCCCAUGCUCUUUCCCUCCCAGCCGAGUCGUAUGGCAAUGACCCUGAUAUUGAGAUGGCUUGGGCUAUUCGAGCAAUGCAACAUGCUGAAGUCUAUUACAAACUGAUUUCAUCAGUUGACCCACAGUUCCUGAAACUCACCAAAGUAGAUGACCAAAUCUACUCUGAGUUCCGUGAAAAUUUUGAGAAGCUCAGAGUAGAUGUAUUGGACCCAGAAGAACUCAAAUCAGAAUCAGCUAAAGAGAAAUGGAGGCCAUUCUGCUUAAAAUUUGAAGGUAUCGUGGAAGACUACAACUAUGGUACUUUGUUGCGACUCGAUUGUUCUCAGGGCUAUACUGAAGAGAACACCAUCUUUGCACCCAGGAUUCAAUUUUUUGCAAUUGAAAUUGCUCGGAACCGGGAAGGCUAUAACAAAGCAGUUUCCUGCAGUGUUCAGGACAAAGAAGGAGAGAAAGGAACUAACAGUGAAGAAGAGGAAGAUGAGAAAGGAGCUGAUAGUGGAGGAGAAAAAGAGGAAGGAGUCAACACAGAAAAUUAAAGCAAAACAAAACAAAAAACUAACCAGGGAGGAGGAAAAGAAAGCCAAGAAACAUGUGACUCAGCUGAACCCACAAGUAUCAGGUGCU